UUGUGGCUCCUCUCACCACACGUUUGUUUUUUUAGCUGCUCAUCUCCCCUCUCUAAUAUCAGACCUGCAUAUCGAUCCAGACUUCUUUUAAUUCUUUUACCUCGCAUCGUCCCGCCUGUCUGCAGAUAUCCAGACCGGCGAAGCAAGCAUCCCAUCACAACCAAUCGCUAGAUUCUGUUUCUGCUGUAGAAUAAAGUCAGCUACAGCUCCUCAUAGGACGAAGCCGUCGCUGCCACCUACCUCUAAUACUCUUCAGACACACUAUGGGUUGGCUCUUCAGCAGCAGCAGCAGCAGCUCAGGCGACUCCAAGGAGCUCCAGACUAAGGUCAAGGAGCUCCAGGAGAAGCUUGAUGCCACCAAGACUCAACUAGACACCCGGGAUUCCGAGAUCAAGAACUUGGUCCAGCGUGCCGAUGAGCUCGCUGCUGCCAAGAAGCCUCUGGAAGAGGAGAAGACAGAACUCGAGGCCAAGCUUAAGAAGGCCAGCGAGGACCUGAGCACCAGGGAUAGUGAGAUCAAGGACCUGCUUAAGAACAUUGACCAGGUGAACGCCAAGGUCGAGAGCUUGACGAAAGAGAAGGCUGCCGUCGACCAACAACUUGCCGAGGCACAAAAGGGCAAGGAGGGCGCCCAGAAGGAGACCCAAGAGAAGAUCGUCGCUCUCGAGAAGGCCAAGGCCGAGCUGAACGCCGAGGUUGAGAAGCUCAAGUCCGAGGUUGCCGAUGCUUCCUCCAAGAACGACUCACUCCGUCAAGAACAAAGCAAGCUUCUUGAGGAGACCAACUCCGCCAAGGACACACUCAAGGCCGAACUCGAUGCCAAGAUUAUUGCCUUGACAUCAGACCUAGAUGCCGCCAAGGCCGACCUCUCCCGCGCCAACGAGGACGCCGCGGCCACCAAGACCAAGCUGGAGGAGCAGAUCAAGAGCCUUCAGACUGAGUUGGAUGCCACCAAGAAGGAUGCCCAGGCUGCUGCCAGCAAGGGAACCGAGGAGGCCAAGAGUGAGGUCACUGCUCUCAACAGCAAGAUUGCCAAGUUGGAGGAGGACCUCGCCGCUGCUACCAAGGGCACCGAGGCUGCCCAGACUGAAGCAGCAACUCUGAAGACCAAGAUCAGCAAGCUCGAGGAGGACCUCGCCGCGGCCAAGUCGCAAUCCGACAAGCUUACCCAGGAGGCUGAGGCACAAAAGAAGUCACUUGAUGACGCCAAUGCCCAACUCCAGGCCAAGACGAAGGAGACCGAGGACCUGCUGGCAAAGCUUAAGGCUGCCGAGGCUAGUGUAGCCGAGAAGCAGGCUAGCUUGGAGAAGACCCAAGCCGAGCUUACCAGCGCCAAGUCAUCGCUCGACUCUGACAAGUCGGCUGGUGCCGAGGCAUCCAAGGCGCUCGAAGCUGAAAAGGCUUCGCGUGCAGAGGCCGAGAAGGCUGCUGCCGAUGCGAAGUCUGCUUUGGAAGCUGAGCAGAAGGCCCACGCUGAGGCCAAGAGUGCCGUCGAGGCCGAGAAGGCCGCUGCGGCCGACGCCAAGAAGGCUGUCGAGUCUGAGAAGACCACCGCCCAGGAGGCUCAGAAGGCCCUCGAGGCUGAGAAGGCUGCCCACGCCGAGACCAAGACCGCCUUGGAGGCCGAGAAGAAGGCACAUGCUGAGACCAAGACUGCAUUGGAAACCGAGAAGGCCGCUGCGGCUGAGGCUAAGAAGAGCCUAGAGUCGGAGAAGGCCUCCAAGGCCGAUGCCAACACCGCUCUUGAGACUCAAAAGUCUGCUGUUGCCGAGGCCCAAAAGGCUGUCGAGGCCGAGAAGGCUGCCCACGCUGAGACCAAGUCUGCCCUGGAAGCCGAGAAGGCUGCCGCGGCCGACGCCAAGAAGGCUGUCGAGUCUGAGAAGACCACCGCCCAGGAGGCUCAGAAGGCCCUCGAGGCUGAGAAGGCUGCCCACGCCGAGUCCAAGAAGGCUUCGGAGGCCGACAAGGCUGCUUUGGCUGAGGCCCAAAAGGCUCUUGAGGCCGAGAAGGCAUCAGCUGCUGAGGCCAAGAAGGCUCUUGAGGCCGAGAAGGCAUCAGCUGCUGAGGCCAAGAAGGCCCUCGAUGCUGAGAAGGCAUCCGCAGCCGACGCCAAGAAGGCGCUUGAGACCGAGCAGGCAGCCACCAAGGAAGCCAAGAAGGCCGCUGAGGAUGCGCAGUCCAAGGUUACCAAGCUCGAGGCUGCUGUCAAGCUUGGUGAGGAGACCACGGCCAAACUUCAGAAGGCUGAGGAGGAGACCAAGUCCCUGAGCAAGCGCCUCGCCGACGCCGAGAAGGAGUCCAAGGAGCUUAGCUCCAAGGCUGAGGAGUUGCAAACCAAGGCUACUGCGGCCGAGUCGAGGACAACAGAGCUCGAGGCCAAGGUCAAGGAGUUGAGCGAGCAGAAGAAGGAGGAGGCCAAGGCCGAGUAA